CUUUUGGGGUUCAAGCGGUGGCCUUGUGAUCCGUGCGAGAUUCUCGCAUAGAAAAACAUUAUUCUGAAACGAUAUCCCUCGUUUGGAAGCCACUUCUUCUUCGUUACCCUUUUCAACAAAUGCAAAAGAUGCACUUGUCUUCUGUGGAUCACCAGCGACUACCAUAUCACUGGAGCCACACGAUAAGCUUGGUUUCCCUAUCAUUCACCAAACGGAAGCAUCGCCCGACACAAAAUUUGAAGCAAAGUUGUGGCGCGCUUCGAAUUAUGCGAUUGCAAGAGUAUGAAGCUCUUUGCUCACAGUUACACAGUAGAAAAGACGUAUAUUUAUUGUCAGGUAUCAGUUCAAGUUUGCGUGAGAAUGAAAGUACGAGCUAUAAUUAUGAGACACUUUACGCUAUAUAUUCCCAACGUUAUCAAACAGAAGUUGCAGCCGUUGCACGGGAGGCGUUGAAAGAACUCUGUUUGCUUUCCACUCUAUAUGAUUCUGGUCAGCAUCUGUUAGAUAUAUCAGAACGGCUUAACGUUGCACCUUGUAUCACUGUUCGACGUUUGUUAGAGUAUAAGAGCUUUGGAAAGAAACAAAUCUCUCGAGUCCUCAGGAACCCCUAUGAAAUUAAGGAUGACCGAUUGAGACAGGAAGUUAUCGCUUGUAUUGAACAGGAUGAACAUUAUGGUCCCUUUGCAGACCGAAUGAGGCAAGUUCAAGGACUAGAUUAUGAAUACAUUUUAUAUCAACAUUUGGAAAUAAUGGGGAUUCCUUUUGAUACAGAAACUUCCUUACGCUGCAAAGGGCUUUUCAAGACCCCUGAUGCUCUGCUACAUGUUCCUGUGAAAGUUGGUACGAAUGUCAUUUCUUGGAUAGACAGCAAAGCUAAGUUUGGAGACGAAUAUUACCUUCGUCGAGAUUAUAAUGACUCAAUUUCAUCAUACGUAGGAAGGUAUGGGUCGGGAAUGGUAAUAUACUGGUUUGGGUUUUUAGAAGAUAUCGAUGUGCCAAUGUUGCAUGAUCAGGGUGUGGUUCUUUCAAGUAGCUUUCCCAAGAAUAUCGAACUUGUCUAGAAACAUUCGUUAAGAUUCUUUUUGUUG